CAAAAUACCAUUUUAGAACGCUGCGCCCCAUCGCAGGGAAGCAAAUCUUUGACAGAGUGAGCAGCCGGGGUCCUGAAUAUAGGCAUGCUUCGCGUAUACCCCAGGUUCGAAGAUCUGUUGUGUAUGGUGCACACGUGUUAAGUACCUGUUUUUUUUGUUUUUACAUGAAAGACAUGCGGCGUUAUCUUAUCUACGAAUAUGAUGCAGACGUCGAUAGAUGGCAGCUAAAUACAGUAUUCACACCAAGUUGUUCGGUCGAGUGUUAUCGUUCCCUCCACGGAACUUGAAGCUCUAUCGCUCUUCACAUCCACUUUCCACCAUGGCAUCCCUCUCAGCCCGCAUUGGUAUACGUGCUACGAACCGCGAACUCGAGGUUCCGACUGGCCUAUUCAUCAACAACGAGUUUGUUCCCUCCGCGGAUUCCCCUAAUGAACUCAUUCACGCAGUCAACCCUGCAACAGAGGAGCUUAUAUGUUCCGUGGUAGCCGGCUCGGUGAAGGACAUAGACAUAGCGGUCGCGGCGGCUCGCAACGCUUUCAACACCACAUGGGGGAAAAAUGUGACUGGUUUCGAAAGGUCGAAGCUCCUGAAUAAGCUCGCAGAUCUUAUAGAGAGGGAUCAGGAUGUACUCGCAGAGGUCGAAUCUUUGAAUAACGGCAAGCCGUUCAAAAUUGCGAGGGACUUUGAUAUCGGGGACAGUAUCCAGUGCUUGCGGUACUAUGCAGGGUGGGCCGAUAAAAUAACCGGACAAACCAUCGAAGUCGACAACAAAACCAAGCUUGCUUUCACCAGGCACGAUCCUAUUGGCGUCUGCGGACAGAUUAUUCCAUGGAAUUACCCAAUCAAUAUGUGGGCAUGGAAAGUUGCCCCUGCCCUUGCGUGCGGGUGUACCAUCGUUAUGAAACCUUCCGAACUUACUCCUUUGACGGCUCUUAUGUUAUCGAAGCUCAUCGCUGAAGCCGGUUUUCCACCAGGCGUGGUGAACACGAUUCCUUCCCUUGGAUCUGUUGGCGGUGCGGCCCUAUCUGCACAUAUGGAUGUCGAUAAGGUUGCGUUCACCGGGUCUACAGUAACUGGCCGUAAGGUCAUGGAAGCCGCGGCCAAAAGCAAUUUGAAGAAGGUGUCUCUCGAGUUAGGUGGCAAGUCACCUCAGUUGGUCUUCGAGUCCGCGGAUUUGGAACAAGCUGCAAACUGGGCUUGUCUCGGGAUUUUGUACAAUACGGGCCAGGAUUGCACGGCCGGAUCUCGUUUGUAUGUUCAAGACUCGAUUUACGAUAAGUUUGUCCCCCUCCUCGUCUCUAAAGCCAAGGAGCUUGUGAUUGGCGAUGGCUUCGACGAGAAGAGCGGUGGUGGGCCCCUGGUGUCCAAAACUCAAUUCGACAAGGUUUGGGGAUACAUUGAGAGCGGUCAAGCUCAAGGCGCAAAGGUGGUUCUGGGUGGCCAAAAGCGUCCAGGCAAGGGUUUCUUUGUCGACCCUACGAUUUUCACGGACAUCAGCGCAGACAUGGCAAUUGUCCGAGAUGAGAUCUUUGGACCGGUUCUGGCGGUGGGCCGAUUCAAAACUGAAGAGGAAGCCGUUUCGCUAGCUAAUGCCACAUCUUACGGCCUCGGUGCUGGUUUGCACUCCAAUGAUGCAAAUCAGUGCAUGCGUGUCUCGUCUGCUCUUGAAGCUGGGACGGUUUGGGUCAAUCAAUACAAUUUAUUGAAUAACAAUGUCCCGUUCGGCGGCAAAAAGCAGAGUGGCAUUGGUCGCGAGCUUGGAAGCUAUGCCCUUGAUGAGUACACUUCGGUCAAGGCUGUUCAUUGGAACUUUGGAGAGAAACUCGAUUGGCCGUUGUAGUGACAGGGCUGACGUAGCCAAACUUGAGGAGCAUCAUCAACGAUUGUAUUUUUACCUGUUAUUGUAACUGACCGCCAUUCAAACAAUGCCCGACUGUAAUAUUGAUAUACUGAGAUUUUUUGGCAACUUGGUCACUGCAGACAGCGUUACACAAGGAAUGAUUUCUUUUCGGGUAGGAGCCCUCGGGCCGAAAGGAA